AUGGAUCCGGGAGAUCCUACUUCUAUACUUUUCACAAAGAUCAGAACUUUAGAACCUGAUUUCGCCUCCAAAAUCAUUGGCUAUUUGCUGUUACAGGACUUGGGUAACAGAGAUUUGAUGCGUCUUGCUCUUGGACCCGACACUCUCUUACAGUCCGUCUGCCUCAAGGCUAAAUCCGCUUUGGGUCUUUCCUCGAACGGAUCUCCUUCUUCGUCGACGCCAUUGAACCCUAUCUCCAGACCCAUUAACAUCCACCGUCAUUCCUUGUCUCAGUCCUCUCCGAGAGCGUCAGGGAAUGGGUUUAUGGAGUUUUCGAGGAACCCUUUGUCUCCUUCCGUGAACACUCCUGGCUCACACGGAAGUAACCCUAGCAUGAUUUCGAGCCCGUUUCAAGCAAGUUCGUCGCUUUUCGCUACAGAUGGCGGCGACGCUAAUGGAGGAAACGGCGAUUUCCUCGAUGAGCAGCAACUCGGCAACUACUUGUCGUUCCUCAACGAAUCCUCCUCGAAGAACAACGACGAAUCUGCGGAUCCGUUUGGGUUCUCGGUCGACAAUGGCGAUGCGCAUUUGCACAAGAGGAGUUUCUCAGCCAGCGAUGCUUGUUUCGGGUCAGAUGAGCCUGGGUAUGGCGGCGGCGGUUACAAUAGGUACCCACACGGUGGUGGUUUAGGUGAUGAUUUUGAUUCUACUGGCGGGUUUGGCUCGCCGGAUUACGUCUGCAGGCAGCAGGAGGAGAUAGCGAGGAUGAAACUGGUUCAGCGGCAGCGAAUGGCCGCGGCUCAGUUUUUGGCGGCUAGUGGUUCUCCAAUGUCGUAUGAUAAAGGCAUCAACGUCCUCUUGCAUUCGCGUAAUGCGCAUAGAUCAGGAGGAGCAGGACAGUUUGGGGAAGAGGGUUACUGGUAUGGUAGUCCAGGACGGCAUGAAAGGGAAGAGUUUAUGGGGAUGGGAGAUAAAUCUAACUCUGCAGCUAAACAGAUUUACUUGACAUUUCCAGCUGACAGCUCCUUCACAGACGAAGAUGUCUCCAAUUACUUUGGCAAUUUUGGACCGGUGCAAGAUGUCAGGAUCCCAUACCAGCAGAAACGAAUGUUUGGGUUUGUCACUUUCGUCCACUCUGAAACUGUGAGGAUCAUAUUGGCCAGAGGAAACCCUCAUUUCAUCUGUGACUCGCGUGUGCUUGUCAAACCGUACAAGGAGAAAGGAAGAAUCCUUGAAAAGUAUGUUGAAACCAAACCUCUCAUGCCACCGAGGAUGUUUUCCAACACACAGGAGAUGUUGAGGAGAAAAGCUGAACAAGCUGACUUGCAACAAGCACUGGAAUUCCAAAGGAGAAGGUUUCUCAAUCUGCAGUUGCCUGACAUGGAUAGUGAGUCGUUUCAACAUCACCAGCGUAGUCUUUCUAUUGGCUCUCCUAUUCAUUUCCCCUCUCGUGUCAAUCAGAGCAUGCUCUUUCGAUCGGAAAACGCUGGCGAAGAAGGCAUUGAAGGUAAUGGUGAUUCAGGACAUUUCCAGUCUGAAGCAAGCCUAGCUUUUCUGAGUGAUACUGAUCAUAACAAUGGCCAAGAACGUGACCAUCUCAACAAAGGGCAAGAGACAAGUCUGGAGAACGCUUUGCCUGAUAGCCUUUUUGCUUCCCCAUCAAAGACCGGAGAUUCCCAACAGCUCGAGUCUGAGAAAGAGAGCUGUGCUACUCUCUCUGUCACUGUGGAAAAUAAGACAGCCUCGGCACUUCAAUCAGCCUAG